CGAAACCAGAGAAAAGUAAAAGCAAAGAUUCUUUUUCUCAGAAGCUUUCCUUAUUAUAAAACAAAAAAAAAUUAAGUCAAGAUUUUAUUAUUACAAAACGACCAAAGCAGGUAUGUUUAAGACACAGGUUCUGCUUUAAAUCAUCACUUUCAUAUCUCUGAGACUUGAGCACACACAAAGACAGAGUUUCUUAUCUUUCAGGAGGUGAGAAAAAAAAAUGGCGUUUGUGACAACUGCGGAAGUUUGUGACGCGAAUCAAGAUCUGAUCCGUAGUGGCCAGCUCAGAGCUCUGCAGCCCUGUUUCCAGAUUUACGGUCGCCGUCAGAUAUUCUCAGGUCCUGUUGUUACUGUCAAAGUGUUUGAAGACAAUGGCUUGAUCCGUCAGUUUCUCGAAGAGAAAGGCAAUGGAAGAGUUCUUGUGGUGGAUGGUGGAGGGAGCUUACGAUGUGCCAUACUUGGAGGAAACCCGGUAGUACAAGCUCAGAACAACGGAUGGGCGGGGAUCAUAGUGAACGGUUGCAUAAGAGACGUUGAUGAGAUCAACGGUUGCGACAUUGGAGUGAGAGCUUUAGCUUCUCAUCCUAUCAAGGCUAGUAAGAAAGGACUUGGUGAACAGAGAGUCCCACUCAACAUAGCUGGCACUCGGAUAUGCGAUGGUGAAUGGCUUUACGCAGAUACUGAUGGUAUCCUUGUUUCUCAGGUCGAAUUAUCUGUUUAGAAAAACAAAGAAAUGGUGGAGGAGCUUUGUCUUCUUGUUAAAUGGCUAUCAAAGUAAAAAUGUUAAUGUCUUUGAAGGGAUGCGUUUUGGGGUUUGUGGCGUUAAUAAGUUAAAUGUUUUUCAUUAUUUGUUUGUAUUAUUUUCGUGUCAUGGCGUGUAACGUUUCUGAAAUAAAAUGGUUCUUUAUACA